AUGACACCCAACUCAACUUCCAACACCGAUUUUGACGACUUCAAGCUGUACCUCUACAAGCCCUCCCUUGUAUCUGCCAUCAUAUUUACCGUUCUUUUCGGUGUUGUUUCCGCUCGCCAUUUUCAGCUUUUGUUCAAAACGAGAACGUGGUCGUUUAUUCCCUUCUCCAUAGGUUGCCUUGUGGAAACCGUGGGAUAUGGCGCCCGAGCAUACUCGGCAACACAAACUCCCGACUGGGAGCUGAUGCCUUACAUCUUUCAGAACGUCUUCAUCCUCCUUGGCCCAACAUUCUUCGCAGCUUCCAUCUACAUGGUAUUAGGCCGGCUCAUAUGCUUUCUCGAGGGACAGCAUCUCUCCAUGAUCAAGGUGAACCGGCUUACUAAAAUCUUCUUGCUGGGAGACAUUCUCUCCUUUUUUGGGCAAGGUGGAGGUGGCGGACUCAUCGCUAGUGCUAGCGACAAAAAAAGCCAAGAUCUUGGCAACAAUAUCAUUUUUGUCGGUCUCGCGAUUCAGGUCAUCUUUUUCGGCGGCUUCAUGGUGAUCACGGCAAUUUUCCACGUGCGCAUACUAAGGCAGCCUACCAAAAGGUCACAAACCACGGGUGCUCCAUGGCAGGCGUUCAUGGCCGUACUCUACCUUACCAGCGCGCUUAUCAUGGUGCGGUCUGUCUUUCGGAUGAUAGAAUAUGCUCAAGGCCAUAAUGGUGCAUUGAUCUCUAAGGAGAUUUACGCCUACAUGCUAGACGCCCUGCUCAUGAUUGUCGUUGCAGCCAUCCUCACUGUACGCCACCCAAGUGCGAUCUUUACAUACCAGGCUAUGUCCGAUCUUUUCGGUCAUGACUCGGGUAAUGUCGACAAUAUGCCAAUGGUUGCCCCACGGCCAUACGUGGUGUUACCCUAA